AUGGUGGUUUUAGUCAUCUUGCUGCUGAAACUGAUUUCUUACAAUGUACGUCAGGCUCACAUAGUAAAAUGCAGGCUCCAAGGUCCACACCGUCCACUUCACAUAUAUCAUCAGCCAGGAGAGUUCCUCAUUGGUGGAAUUGUUUUCCAUGGUGGCUUCAUCUCCUCUCCAGCAACAUUCACUGAGGAACCCCCACCAGCACUGCCUGAAGAGCUUGUGUGGACGUGGAUUGGAGUCAUUGCAAUGGACAAUGAAAAUGGAGAAAGAUUUGUGCAAACUAUUUCCCCAAUGUUUACCAAGAGUGGUGUCUGCUUUGCAUUCAUAGAAAGAAUCCCCAAUUUUAGUUUUAUAUCUGAAAUGUAUGGCUUGCUACAACAAGCGGCCAAUAUACAAGAUCAAAUUUUUAGCAGCAAAGCUAACGUAGUGGUUGCCUCUGGAGAAUCUUUUUCCAUGGCAACUUUUAGAUGGCUUUCAUACCUAUCAGAACAUGAUGACAUGACCAAGAAUGUAAAAAGUAAAGUAUGGAUAACAACUGCCCAGGUUGAGUUUGCUUCAUUUGUCUAUCAAAGGUACUGGGGUUCAGAAAUAUUCAGUGGCGCUAUAGCCUUUGAAAUUCACUUUAGAAAGCCACCAGGAUUUUAUCAGUAUGUUCUGCACAGAAACCCUUCCAGCACAGAUGGGGACGGUUUUAUCAGGAACUUCUGGCAACAGGCCUUUGAAUGUGUAUUCCCAGAUAUCACUGAAGACAGGGUGGAGGGGAAUAUUUGCACCGGAGAAGAGAAGCUGGAGAACCUUCCUGGGUCUCUUUUUGAAAUGAGCAUGACAGGCCACAGUUACAGCAUCCACAGUGCUGUCUACGCCAUGGCCCAUGCCUUACAUGCCAUGUCCACAUCCAGACUCAGACACAGAGGAAUUGCAUAUGGAGGGAGAGGGAAGAAUCCGAAUCAAGAGUUUUGGCAGCUCCAUCACUUUCUGAGAAGCAUCUCAUUUAACAAUACAGCAGGAGAUGUGGUCUUCAUCAACCAGAAUGGAGAGGCAGCAUCAAGCUUGGAUAUUGUGAAUUGGAUCAUAUUCACCAACCAAAGUUUGCACCGAGUGAGAGUUGGGAGGAUAGAUCCACAAGCUCCUCCAGACCAAUCAUUACUCCUUGAUGACGAUGCCAUCACAUGGCACAAUAUGAAUGACUGUCAUAAAUGCCCAGACAAAGAAUAUCCAAGCAAGAACCGGGAGGCAUGUCUACCCAAGGAUAUCAGCUUCUUGUCUUAUGAAGAACCUUUGGGCAUCAGUUUAGCCUGUUUCUCUAUUUCCCUUUCUUUGAUCACAGCUCUGGUACUAGGUACAUUUAUAAAACACCAUGACACGCCCAUUGUCAUUGCAAACAACCGAAACCUCACCUACGCUCUCCUCAUCUCUCUCCUGCUCUGCUUCCUUUGUGCAUUGCUCUUCAUUGGCCGACCUGAGAAGGUCACGUGCCUCCUCCGACAAACAGCUUUUGGCAUCAUCUUCUCAACCGCUGUUUCUUGUGUCCUGGCAAAAACCUUCAUGGUGGUUUUGGCCUUCAUGGCUACAAAACCAGAAUCCAGGAUGAGGAAAUGGGUGGGGAAAGGACUUGGCCACUCCAUUCUUCUUUCCUGCUCCAUAGUCCAAGCAGGCAUAUGUACUGUGUGGCUGACAACCUCUCCCCCAUACCCAGAUGUGGACAUGCACUCUGUGAUGGAAGAAAUCAUACUAGAAUGUAAUGAGGGGAGUGUGGCCAUGUUUUACUGUGUCCUCAUCUUCAUGAGCUGCCUGGCAACUGUUAGUUUUGCUGUGGCUUUCCUCGCCAGGAAGUUACCAGACAGUUUCAACGAAGCCAAGUUUAUCACUUUUAGCAUGUUGGUCUUCUGCAGUGUUUGGCUGUCUUUUAUUCCUUCCUACCUGAGCACCAAGGGAAAAUAUAUGGUGGCUGUGGAGAUCUUCUCCAUCUUAGCCUCUGGCUUUGGGUUGCUGGGCUGCAUCUUUUCCCCCAAAUGUUACAUAAUCAUUCUGAGGCCUGAGCUGAACAAUAGAGAGCAGCUUAUAAGGAAGAAAAAGUAA